GAAGCUAGCUGCACCGUUAACACACAAAGCCAGAAGCAGAUACGACAUAUUCAUUGGUGAGGGCACACACUCAAGCUGGAGGCGAAUCUGCAUUCAGGCUUCCUAGAAAAAUGCCAGCUCCAUGUAUGAGUGUGGCAUUGCAACAGAGAAAGUGGAGGCAAGCUGGCAAGGUUGCAAACCCAAAUCUCAUCCUUCAAGAGGAGGGCAAGAUUAAGAUGACCAGGAAAGGGACUGGGAUGGAUGUAAAGUCUAAACAGGAACAAAAUCGACCAAGCUAUAACUCAUCUGUGGAAACACCACCAAACAUCAUUAACCACAGAAAAAAUGAAAACCCUGCUGAAUCAAACAUGCUAAAGGUGGAUGAGAGAUUGCGACUGGCUCGUGAACGGAGAGAGGAGAACCUCAGGCAGCUUGCAUUACGGGAGCGAGGCUGGCUGGCCCGAGACGAGAGAGCCAGGAGGUACUAUGAAAAGCACCUGGAGGAACGUCGGAAAAAGCUGGAGGAGCAGAGACAGAGGGAGGAGAGGAGGAGAAUGGCGGUGGAGGAAAAACGCAAACAAAGGCUCAAAGAGGAGAAAGAGCGCUUUGUAUCGGUGGUACAGAAAACCAUGGCGAGGAGCCAGAAAACAAAACCGAAAACAGCCCGUUCGUCACAGAGAGGAGCAAGCAGUGGUAAAAACAACAUUAUAAAUGUUUCAUGCCACUCUAUGAACAAUACCAGCGCACAGAAAUCCGUACAGAGCCCUGCCACAUCUACACACCGCAAUGUUAUCAGACCUGGGCUGAUCAGAGGCAAGCAUCAGACCUCCAGUAAAGAAGCGAAAUCGGAAAAAAAUAAGCUGCAGUCACUUACUGACACUGCUAGAGUCAAUUCUACACCUGGAAGAGUCAAGCAGAACAAGCCAGUAUCCUUAUUAACAGGACUGCCAGUGAGACAAAUGUCACCCAGACAGGAGUGUUUGCCAGCCCUGACUGAGGAAGAGGAUUUAAAACUAGAGACUAUACCUUCCUACCAUCAGCCUCAGAAGUGUGAAGCAGCUCCUUCGAAUGUACAUGAGGUUGGAUGUAAAGGACCAGCCUGGAAAAACAUUGAUUCUACUGGAUCCCUGGUACCACCGGCCUGCCCCUAUACUGCUACUGAGCCCAGCAUUCAUAGUGCUGGAGUUCAGAGCAGACCCCAAGCGGGAACCACAGACCCUGAGAAGGCGUCUCGUCUGCUAUCAGAGAAGAGACGACAAGCCCGAAUGCAGAGGGAGAGAGAAGAAGAGGAAUGCCGGCUGAAGGAAGAAAGACGAGAGAGAGAGGGGCUGGGUUGUCAGAAAGCUCAUGAAUGGGUUAGGCAGGAGGCUGAGACACUCGAACUGCAGGAGCAGAAGAGGAUAAGAGAAGAAGAAAAACAAAUAAAUGCAGAAAAUGAAAACACUCAGCAGCAGGAGGAGGAGAAACAAAAACUUCAGCAUCAGAAGGAAGAGGAGGAUGCUCAGCAGAGGCAGGUAGCGGAGCAGCGGAGGAUUGAGAGAGAGAGUCGAUUUCAGAGAGAAGAGACUGAACGACAGGAAAGGAAGAAGCGACUAGAAGAAAUUAUGAAAAGAACUAGAAAAACAGAUGCUGCUGAGAAGAAAGUUGUUUCAUCUAAUUUGAUAAUAAAAGAAACCCUGCCGGAUGAGAUCAUGAAGCCCAUUCACAGCCUUCCCUUAGAGGAAGUGAUCAGGCUGCCUGGCACUGCCAGUGUCUCAAAAAUGGGCUUAGACAAUGAGGAGGAUAUUCUUCCUGUAGUGGCCUUCAAGGAGCGUCGGUCCAUCCGGACAAUCACAGGCCUAGAGGAGAUCCAGUCUCAUCAAAGAGCGGAAGUAAUCUGAGAAUAAACGCUGACACGCUCUGUAAUGAAUCUGCACCCUUAUGCUUAAUGUAUCAAACAGAAUCGCUUCACCUGCACUUUAAGAAACCCUGUAUGACACUUUAAGGUAAUACAGAAGUAUUUGACCCCUGCUGCUCUUCUGAAACACUGAUUAUUGCUUUUCAUGUUUAUAGACCACACAGUUUGCUCAGUUUGGAACUGUGGGUAAAUGGCUUUCUGGUGUUUUACAGUACAAAUAACCUUACUUACUGAUGCUUGAGACUUUGUACAAUGUUUGUUACAUACAGCGAUGUGAAAAAGUAAUUGCCUCAUUUUAAAUUCUCCUUUUAAUUGCAUAUUUAUCACAAUAGUUUUAUAUAAAGAAAUCAUUUUUCAUUUGUUUUGUCAUGUCUGAUUACCCAAUUGCAUUAUGCUUCCUCUCUACUGAUGCCAAUCCCUGCCCUGAUUGAGGAGAGCGAGACUGACACAUGCCUCCUCCGACACGUGUGCAGCAGCUGACUGCAUCUUUUCACCUACAUGAGGCGAGUUCAUAUGCGGAUCUGCUUUGUGUACAGAGAGCCACACCCUGAUCAACGCAUUAUCCCUCGACUCUGUGCAGGCGCCAUCAAUCAGCCAGCAGAGGUCAUAAUUGCAUCAGUUAUGAGGUCCAUAUCUGGCUCCCACUCUGUAUGAACAACAGCCAAUCAUUGUUCAUGUAGGCGCCCAGCCGGAUGGCAGAGCUGAGUUUCAAACCAACGAGUUGCACCACCUGAGCGCCCCCGUUUUAUGCUUUUGUAAAACAUGCUUUUGUAAAAACUGCCAUUACAGCUUUGUGAAAAAGUAAGUGACCCUCCAAUUUAAUUCCUUGCACCACCAUGAGCAGCAACAACUGCAACUAAAUAUUUUUUCAUACUUUGAUUAUAGUCUUUAACAUCACUGUAGAGCAGAAAAACUACUUGACAAAACUCCUUAAAAUCACACUCUGCUAGUUUUUUGGCUGCUAACUUAUACUUUUAACUGCUCAUUUUAUGUCUUGCUAUAGGUCAGCACAUGAGGUGUCACACAAAAUCUUGAGUCCUGAGGACCUGAGGUUGAUCCUCACCUCUGUUAAAUGAAUCAUUUAGUGUUACAAGUAUGCAAAAAAAGUGAUCCAAAAAGGGGGCAAUUACAUUUUCAGUUAAUAGUAAUGUAUUCAGUACCUGUACUAACCUAUAGGAACUGUAUCUGUAAAGCUGCUGUUUUCUCUGAUUUAUAACAUUAAAAUACAUAAGCUGUGCAGAACAUCUGCGUGAGAGCUGAGCUCAGCUCUUUUUGCAUUGCUGCUAUUAAGCAAAUAAGAUGUAGACUGUUUUAAACAAGCUGGUUUUUUUCCUUUUUUGCUUUUUCUACAGUUGUGGUCAACAAUAUUGGCACUCUUGAUUGUUUAAUAAAAGCCAGUGUCCUAAAAAAAACCCAAUAUGGGUAUAUGUAAAAUUGACCUGUUGACAUACAUGCACUUAUUUAAAAAAAAUAAAAAAAACAUCAUAAAUGACAUGGACAGGAUUAAAGGCAUCCUAAUACUUGGUUGCACAGCCCUUUGCAACAGAGACAGCCUCCAAAUGUUUUUGUAGCCAUCUGUGAGCUUCUUACGCCUGUCAGUUGGUAGUUUCUUACACUCUUCCACUGCAAUUCUCUCAAGCUCUUGAACGUUUGCAAAGUUCCUUUUCCCAAUAACAUAAAUUUGCUCUUUUAAAAUAAUUCAGUUGGAUUGAGAUCAGGACUCACUGCUGGCUAUUUUUUUCCUUCCUAACUAUUUUCCCAGAGGCAGCAAAGCAACCCCACAACAUUAUGGAUCAUACACCAUUUUUUACUUCAGGUAGGGCAGACUUUUCUGUAUAGGCUUAAUUUUAUUGUUUAUGAACAUAACGCUGGUGUGCAUUGCCAAAGAGCUCUAGUUUGGCUUUAUCUGCCUAUUUGGGUUUGUCUCUGUAAGUAUUGGCAAAGAUCAAAUAAUGCAUUUAUUUAAAAAAAAAGAACAGACAUUUUUUUUUUACCAAACAUGUCAUUUUAGGAGGUAUUCAGGGGUUCCAAUAAUGUUGACCACAACUGUACAAUACUAGUCCAGCCCUGAGAUGUGCAAUGCCUUGAACAAAGCUUAAGCAUAAAUAAAAUUAUCAAUACAGUGUGCACUAACCAAUUCAGUGUUUUAUUAGCAUAAAUAAACACACUUUGAACCAAA